CACUGGGAAGAGAGGCAGACGAAUAAAGAAUGAAGGAAUAACGGAAAGAAGGGAGAGAGGGAGAGUGAGGGAGAGAGAGAGGGAGGGAAACCACAGAGGAACAGACAAGACAAAGAGAGAUGAAGAAUAUUCGGUUUUUGGACAACCUGCGAGAAAGAAAAGAAAGAGGAGGAGCAUAAGGAGACGGAGAGAGACAACAGACUACAGUCUGAAGUAUUAGACCAUGGUAGAUUUGUUCCUGGGUCAUUCACUAGUAUGUAACAACAGAGAUCGUGUUGAGUACGAUACGGAACGGGACGUCAUGCUUCGUCUCCAGAACCGGAUCCUGCUCCUGUUCUUUGGUUCCGCAGACUGCCAACGGUGCCAGGAGUUCAUCCCCACACUUAAGGACUUCUUCAAGCGUCUAACUGAUGAGUUCUACGUGGAACGCUCCGCCCAGUUGGUCCUUCUGUACAUCAGCCUGGACCAAUCAGAGGAGCAGCUGGAGCACCUCCUCAAAGAGCUGCCCAAGAAAUGCCUGUUCCUAACCCACGAUGACCCCUAUCGCAGAGAGCUGGAGUCUAUGUUUGAGGUGGAGGAUGUACCGAGGGUGGUGGUUCUGCGUCCAGACUGUUCUGUUCUGUCUCCCAACGCUGUCUCUGAGAUAAGCAGCCUCGGAACCGACUGCUUCCACAACUGGCAGGAAUCAGCUGAGCUUAUCGACAGGAACUUCAUGCUGAACGAGGAGUUUGAUGACAAAAAGAUGCGGAGCGUCACCGACCCGAUACGCCGCCUCAAAUACAAGCCCCAGGCCUACCAGAAGAGUGUCCCCUGA